CACUGUCUCCAAGAUGGCGGCCGUGUCAGUUUGGGGCAUCUCCGCGGUCCGGCCCGGGGCCCCGGGAUCCCGGUUCUCUUCCCCCCCGGCAUAAGAUGCACAUUUUUCUGCUGGGAAGGAGAUGUUCUUGAGUUCUAACAACUUUAUGAAGAGACCCAUGUGUGGUGCUAUUGAGAAGUUCAUUGGGAAAUUUAAAGACAUUUCAAAUAACAGGUUGUUUUGGUUUCUAAAGUGAAAGUGAGGAGGCUCUCUGUUUUGUGAAAGGAGAAAGGACUCAGGCCAGAAAACUUGUAUGCUAUGGUUAACUGGUUCCCAGCCUCCGAGAAUGUUGUUUUCCAUGGUGUAAAACUUACUCAGCAUCAGGAUAAGGGAUAACGACUCUAUGGAUAUACAGAAUCCUUCACCAUGGUAAAACUCGCUAACCCGCUGUAUACGGAGUGGAUUUUGGAGGCCAUCAAAAAAGUGAAGAAGCAAAAACAGCGUCCUUCAGAAGAAAGGAUAUGCAAUGCAGUGUCUUCAUCCCAUGGCUUGGAUCGUAAAACUGUUUUAGAACAAUUGGAGUUGAGUGUUAAAGAUGGAACAAUUUUAAAAGUCUCCAAUAAAGGACUCAAUUCCUAUAAAGAUCCUGAUAAUCCUGGGCGAAUAGCACUUCCUAAACCCCGAAACCAUGGAAAAUUGGAUAAUAAACAAAAUGUAGAUUGGAAUAAACUGAUCAAGCGGGCAGUUGAGGGCUUGGCAGAGUCCAGUGGCUCAACUUUGAAAAGCAUUGAACGUUUUUUGAAAGGUCAGAAGGAUGUGUCUGCAUUAUUCGGAGGCAGUGCUGCCUCUGGCUUUCACCAGCAGUUACGAUUGGCUAUUAAACGAGCCGUUGGCCACGGCAGACUCCUUAAAGAUGGACCUCUUUAUCGGCUCAACACUAAAGCAACCAGUGUGGAUGGGAAAGAGAGUUGUGAGUCUCUUUCCUCUUUACCUCCAGUGUCACUCCUUCCACAUGAAAAGGAUAAGCCUGUUGCUGAACCAAUCCCCAUCUGUAGUUUCUGUCUUGGUACAAAAGAACAAAACCGAGAAAAGAAGCCGGAGGAACUCAUCUCCUGUGCUGACUGUGGCAACAGUGGUCAUCCAUCCUGUUUAAAGUUUUCCCCUGAACUAACGGUUAGAGUGAAGGCCUUACGGUGGCAGUGCAUUGAGUGUAAAACGUGCAGCUCCUGUCGAGAUCAAGGCAAAAAUGCAGAUAACAUGCUCUUUUGUGAUUCCUGUGACCGGGGUUUUCACAUGGAGUGUUGUGAUCCACCACUCACCCGGAUGCCAAAAGGCAUGUGGAUAUGUCAGAUAUGUCGACCUAGGAAAAAAGGACGGAAACUUCUACAGAAGAAGGCAGCACAGAUAAAGCGGCGCUAUGCUAACCCAAUAGGACGUCCGAAAAACAGGUUAAAGAAACAAAACACGGUAUCAAAAGGUCCUUUCAGCAAAGUUCGGACUGGUCCAGGAAGGGGCCGGAAACGUAAAAUCACCCUUUCCAGCCAAUCAGCAUCGUCAUCAGAAGAAGGGUAUUUAGAGCGAAUAGAUGGCUUGGACUUCUGCAGAGAUAGCAGUGUUCCCUUGAAGUUCAACAAGAAAACCAAAGGGCUCAUCGAUGGCCUUACCAAAUUCUUCACCCCUUCUCCCGAUGGGCGGAAACCUCGAGGGGAAGUGGUAGACUACUCUGAGCAAUAUAGAAUCAGGAAAAAGGGCAACAGAAAAUCGAGCACUUCAGAUUGGCCCACAGACAAUCAGGAUGGCUGGGAUGGCAAACAAGAAAGUGAGGAACGGCUUUUUGGGAGCCAGGAAAUCAUGACUGAGAAAGAUAUGGAAUUAUUUCGUGAUAUCCAAGAACAAGCACUGCAGAAAGUUGGAGUGACUGGUCCCCCUGAUCCACAAGUCCGCUGUCCCUCUGUCAUUGAGUUUGGGAAGUAUGAGAUUCACACCUGGUACUCCUCCCCAUAUCCUCAAGAAUACUCAAGGCUGCCUAAAUUGUAUCUUUGUGAAUUCUGUCUAAAAUAUAUGAAAAGUAGAACUAUUCUCCAGCAGCACAUGAAGAAAUGUGGUUGGUUCCAUCCUCCUGCCAAUGAGAUUUACAGAAAAAAUAAUAUUUCUGUCUUUGAGGUUGAUGGGAAUGUGAGUACCAUUUAUUGUCAGAACCUGUGUCUCUUGGCAAAGUUGUUUCUUGACCACAAAACACUCUAUUAUGACGUGGAGCCAUUUCUUUUUUAUGUACUAACACAGAAUGAUGUCAAGGGCUGCCACCUUGUUGGCUACUUUUCUAAAGAAAAGCACUGCCAACAGAAGUACAACGUUUCCUGUAUAAUGAUUCUUCCCCAAUACCAGCGUAAGGGCUAUGGCAGGUUUCUCAUCGAUUUCAGUUAUUUGUUAUCAAAGCGUGAAGGCCAAGCAGGGUCUCCAGAGAAACCAUUAUCCGAUCUAGGUCGUCUUUCCUACAUGGCUUAUUGGAAAAGUGUAAUAUUGGAGUGCCUUUAUCACCAAAAUGACAAACAAAUCAGCAUUAAGAAGUUAAGCAAGUUGACUGGAAUUUGUCCUCAAGACAUUACUUCCACACUCCACCACCUACGAAUGCUAGACUUUCGUAGUGACCAAUUUGUGAUAAUUCGCCGGGAAAAACUUAUCCAGGAUCACAUGGCAAAGCUUCAGCUGAAUUUGCGACCUGUAGAUGUAGAUCCAGAAUGUUUGCGCUGGACUCCUGUCAUUGUCUCCAAUUCUGUUGUCUCUGAGGAGGAAGAAGAGGAGGCUGAGGAAGGAGAAAACGAAGAGCCGCAGUGCCAGGAAAGAGAACUAGAGACGAGUGUGGGAAAGUCUGCAUCUCGGGAGAACAAAGAACAAGAUUCUUAUUCUUCAGUAGAAAGUGAAAAGAAACCAGAAGUCACAGCACCAGCCAGUUCCGCACGUCUGAACAAACAAGUCCUUCCCCGUGAUAGUCUUCCUGCAAAUAAUCAGCCAUCCCGGAGAGGCCGCUGGGGGAGGAAGAACAGAAAAACCCAGGAACGUUUUAGUGAUAAAGAUUCUAAACUGCUCUUGGAAGAGACAACUCCUCAGGAACAAUAUGGAGAAUGUGAGGAAAAAUCAGAAACCUCCCAAGAACAAUAUACUGAAAGUGAGGAGCAGUUGGCAGCCUCUCAGGAGCAGCCAAGCCAGGAUGGGAAGCCAGACAUUCCCAAACGAAGACUAAGUGAGGGGGUUGAGCUGUGGCGAGGACAGCUGAAGAAGAGCCCCGAGGCACUGAAGUGUAGAUUACCAGAAGGCAAUGAUAGACUGCCCCGUCGCUAUAGUGAUGGUGACAGGGCUCUCCUCAGAGGCUUCAGUGAAAGUAGUGAGGAGGAAGAAGAGCCAGAAAGUCCUCGGUCCAGCUCUCCACCAAUUCUUACAAAGCCCACAUUGAAGAGAAAAAAACCAAUUCUUCACCGAAGGAGGAGAGUCCGAAAGCGCAAACACCACAACAGCAGUGUGGUCACAGAAACUAUUUCUGAGACCACGGAGGUGUUAGAUGAGCCUUUUGAAGACUCUGACUCCGAGAGGCCAAUGCCGAGAUUAGAACCUACAUUUGAGAUUGAUGAAGAGGAAGAGGAAGAGGAUGAAAGUGAACUCUUCUCCAGGGGAUACUUCCGUCAUCUCUCCUCACAAGAUGUGCUCAGGUGUCGGUCCUCUUCAAAGAGGAAAUCUAAAGAUGAAGAUGAUGAUGAAGAGUCAGAUGAUGCUGAUGAUACUCCUAUCCUAAAGCCAGUAUCACUCUUGAGAAAACGUGAUGUGAAAGAUUCUCAACUUGAGCCAGAUACAUCCACACCUAUGAAAAAGAAAAAGGGAUGGCCCAAAGGCAAAAGCCGCAAACCAAUCCACUGGAAGAAGAGACCUGGUCGCAAACCAGGAUUUAAGUUGAAUCGGGAAAUCAUACCCGUUUCUACUCAAGAAUGCAUUGUUGAGCCCAUUGUUCCCAUUCCUAAACCGGGACGUAAACCCAAACUUCAAGAGAAUGAAGAAACUGUCAAACCAAAAGAAGACUUGCCUUUAACUGAAGAAAGGAAGGAAGAGGAGGAGAUGCACGUGGAAGCAGAAGAGGUUGAAGAGGGAGAAGAAGAAGAUACAACCAGCAGUGAAGUUAGAGCAGCUUCUCCAGUGGAUAGCAACAGUCCUGAGACUGAAACGAAAGAACCCGAGAUUGAAGAGGAGGAAGAGAAGCCCCGUGUUUUAGAAGAGCAGAGGCAAUCCGAAGAGGAGCAGCAAGAACUGGAAGAACAGGAGCAAGAGGAAGAGGACGAAGUGGCUGUAGAGACAAACCAGAAUGAAGACCAUGAUGCGGACGAUGAAGAUGAUGGCCAUCUGGAAGCUACCAAGAAAAAAGAGCUAGAGGAGCAGCCCGCUAGAGAAGAUGUCAAGGAGGAGCCUGGUGGUCAGGAGUCUUUUUUAGAUACUAAUAUGCAGAGAAGUAGGGAGAAUAUAAAGGAUAAAGAUGAAGCAGACCCAGAUUCGGAAGAGGAACAGACUUCCCAUGAAACAUCCAUGGUAUCAGAGCAUAUGCCAGGGUCUGAGGAUGAUCAUGAAGAAGAUUCAAACUCUAAGGAAGAAUUAAUUGAGCUGAAAGAGGAAGAAGAGAUUCCUCAUAGUGAACUGGACCUGGAAACCGUGCAAGCAGUGCAGUCUUUGACUCAAGAGGAGAGUAACGAGCACGAGGGAGCCUACCAGGACUGUGAAGAAACUCUGGCAGCCUGUCAGACCCUGCAGAGUUACACUCAGGCUGACGAAGACCCUCAGAUGUCCAUGGUUGAAGACUGCCAUGCUUCGGAACAUAAUAGUCCAAUCUCUUCUGUUCAGUCCCAUCCCAGCCAGUCAGUCCGCUCGGUCAGUAGUCCCAACGUGCCUGCGCUCGAAAGUGGUUACACCCAGAUCAGCCCAGAACAAGGAUCCCUGUCCGCACCCUCUAUGCAGAACAUGGAGACCAGCCCCAUGAUGGAUGUGCCUUCCGUAUCAGACCACUCUCAGCAGGUGGUGGACAGUGGCUUCAGUGACCUGGGCAGCAUCGAGAGCACCACGGAAAACUAUGAGAACCCUAGCAGUUACGAUUCGACCAUGGGUGGCAGCAUCUGUGGGAAUAACUCUUCGCAGAGCAGCUGCUCCUACGGCGGCUUGGCAUCCUCCGGCAGCCUCACCCAGAACAGCUGUGUUGUCACUCAGCAAAUGGCCAGCAUGGGCAACAGCUGCAGCAUGAUGCAGCAGAACAGCGUGCAGCCCGCCGCGGCCAACUGCAACAUCAAGUCACCUCAGAGCUGUGUGGUGGAGAGGCCUCCCAGCAACCAGCAGCAGCCGCCGCCCCCGCCGCCCCAGCAGCAGCAGCAGCAACAGCCGCCGCCCCCGCCACCGCAGCAGCCGCCGCAGCCGCCACAGCCCGCACCCCCGCCGCAGCCGGCCCCGCAGCCGCCGCCGCCCCAGCAGCCCCAGCAGCCGCCACCGCCCGCCCCGCCGCCGCCGCAGCCCCCGCAGCCACAGCCCCCGCCACCGCCGCAGCAGCAGCCCCCCCUGUCCCAGUGCAGCAUGAACAACAGCUUCACUCCCGCGCCCAUGAUCAUGGAGAUUCCGGAAUCAGGAAGCACGGGGAACAUAAGCAUUUAUGAGCGGAUUCCGGGGGACUUCGGGGCUGGCAGCUACUCUCAACCGUCAGCCACCUUCAGUUUAGCCAAGUUGCAGCAGCUGACUAACACCAUUAUGGACCCUCAUGCCAUGCCUUAUAGCCAUUCUCCUGCUGUGACUUCCUAUGCAACCAGUGUUUCCUUGUCUAACACAGGGCUGGCGCAGCUGGCUCCGUCUCAUCCAUUAGCUGGGACCCCUCAAGCACAAGCCACCAUGACGCCGCCCCCGAACUUGGCCUCCACCACCAUGAACCUCACAUCACCUCUGCUACAGUGCAACAUGUCGGCCACCAACAUUGGCAUUCCUCACACACAGAGGUUGCAAGGGCAAAUGCCGGUUAAGGGGCACAUUUCCAUCCGCUCCAAAUCGGCGCCGCUGCCCUCUGCGGCUGCGCAUCAGCAGCAGCUGUACGGCCGCAGCCCACCUGCGGUUGCCAUGCAGGCCGGCCCGCGUGCGUUGGCUGUUCAGCGUGGCAUGAACAUGGGGGUUAAUUUGAUGCCAACCCCCACCUAUAAUGUCAAUUCCAUGAAUAUGAACACCUUGAAUGCCAUGAACAGCUAUCGAAUGACACAGCCCAUGAUGAACAGCAGUUACCAUAGUAACCCUGCCUACAUGAACCAGACAGCACAGUAUCCUAUGCAGAUGCAGAUGGGGAUGAUGGGGAGCCAGGCCUAUACCCAGCAGCCUAUGCAGCCAAACCCUCAUGGAAACAUGAUGUACACUGGCCCCUCCCAUCACAGCUACAUGAAUGCUGCUGGUGUGCCCAAGCAGUCACUCAAUGGACCUUACAUGAGAAGAUGAGCAAGAUGAACUUGCAAUUAAAAACUUAAAUAUAUAUAAAUAAAGGAACCUUUUAUACUGACAAACCAGAGAAAAAUGGACCUUUUUCCAGUUAAAAUAUUGCUGUAGAUUUAGAGGAAUUUUUCUUUGGUUUAUUUUAUUUUUUAGAAAACCUGGUCUUCUCUUUUUUUGGGUUCAUUUUGUUCUGGGUUUUGGUUUUCUUCACAAUCUUGAACAUUUUACAAUAGAACUCAUCUAAAAAUGGAUUUGGGGAUAGGGGAAACAUGCACAAAAAUCUUUUCAUAAUUAAAAAGAGCCUUACUUUCUUUACACACCACAUGGACAGAAUUUGUGUAAAAGUGAAUUAUCUUUAUUUUAUUUUAAGAUGUAUGUUUCCCCUCACUGUUUGCAGCUCCCAAUGUUGUCACUUUUAAAUGUUAUAUAUACAUCUCGGGGGGUUAACCAGACCCUUUCCUCCUAACCCAACCUUUCAUUUCCUACUUCAUUCCAGCAGGAGGCACUUAAUGGGAGACUCGGACGGGGACAUGGAGAACAACCCAAGCUCCUUAAACUUAUUAUUAUUGUUAAUAUUAUUAUUAUUAUUAUUAUUAAUAAAGCGAGGCAGGAAAGUGCUUCUCCUUUUAAAAUCCCCUCCACUCCCUACACACACACACACACACACACACACACACCUCUUAAAACCUUUCCCCAAGAAUGUUUCUUUAUAGAUGGACUUCAUUGAAAUGUUUGUUUUUCAUAAAUCAAGUGUAAUAUAAUUUUUUCUUUUUUUCUGUUGUUUUUGUUUGUUUGGGUUUUUUGUUUGUUUGUUUGUUUACUAUUCCCACUCAGCACUCAGAGACACAAAAAUACUGUAAGUCUCAAUUAACAGCAGAAUCUCAGAGGAAAGCUGUUUGCAAUCCUAAUCCAGCUUUGGAGGAAUAGAGAUGGUCAAUUAACAAUCAAAAAGAGGAAUUUUGCCUCUUGUUUUUUACCACCUGGUGAAUCAGCCAUAAUGCACGUACUCCGCGCAGCCUCUUGUUUUCAGUAUGUACUUUGAGAUGCUAAGGGUCUUGAUUCUUGAGCCUUCUACUCGGACUAAACUCAAACAGCAGUCCCCAGUGAUUAGCCUCUUACAUUCUUACAUAAAGUGUUGAUGGAUGACUGUACAUUUCAGUGAUUUGAAAAAUACCUGACAAACAUUUGACACUGUUUAUUUUAUGUUGGAAGAGAUGACAUAAGGGAGAUCAUGGUGUGAGUUUUAUAGCUACUUUAAUGAUACAUACCUCCAGUUUUCAUUUGUCUUGAGAUCCUGAGUUCAUUCCCUGUGAAUCAGAGUGCACCAGCCCCUCUCCUGUGAGUGGUUAAAAGAGAAGAGGGAUAAACCAACCACCAGCAUACUAGGGCAAAUCUGGACAGCAGGGUUUAGCAGGUUCCUAUGUUGCUCCCAACUCCCAUUAUCUUUUCUCUCGUGCAGCCAGUUCGCCCAUUCUCUUCCUGUUACUUGCUCCAGGGAUAGGUAAAAAAUAUAUAUAUAUCUAUAUAUAUGUUCCAUCAUUAGAAGAUGGAAACUAUUAUACCACUUGGUAUGUGCAGUCAAAUAUCCAAAAGGGGGAAGUACUGCUUAAAGAAAUACCUGUAAGCAUUAAAUUCUCUCCUUUAUUUGUACAUUUUAUAUAGAUAAAUUUUUGAAGUACUAAUUAGGCAUUAAAUUUUUUCAAAUGCACAGGUUUGUUGUUUUUUUUAAUACACUUUAAUUGACUUUCUCAAUUAAAUGUGUUAGGUAGAAAACGGCAGAAUUCCACAUCUUACCGCUAUCAAUUCUGAGCAUGUGCAAGGCUGUGUAGGACCCAGUUUCUCUGUAUAUACUAUUCCAGUUCCCAAUCAUCUAUGUAGAAAGUGCACUGUGCUGCCCUCUCCCUACAUCUUCAGCUGUGUCAUUGCUUCCUGGUUGGGGUGGGGAUGGGGGGGUCGGGAGGGAGGUAUCUUGGGUGGAGGGUGGGCCAAGGCAGAAGGAGAAGCUGUUGAAAUGAGGGCCGUGAAUUCAGUUUCUGUUGGUUUGCGGUUGUGUUUGGUUUCAUUUGUUUCUUUUAAAAAAAAAAAAAAAAUUCAAUCGGGCAGCUCCCUUUUCCACAAGCCUUUUUGUGACUGUAGAACUAUUGUAGAGAAAAUGUUCUUUUCUAUAUUAUAAAAGAAAUUAUCCAACACAAUAAUAUUGGUACCUGUCAUUUUUUCACUUCUGUUUAAAAAAAAUGUAUUUUUAGCAAGAUAACUUGGGUAAUCUUCUAAAAAAGAAAUUUAAAAACUCACUGUUAGUGACUUUGAUGCCUUUUAAAAUAAGAGCUUUUUCAUUUCAUUCCAUCUUUAAAAUUUUUUAUCUUUGUUGUAGAAUAUUAAAAACUAUUUUAAGAAAGAUAAAAAUUCUCUUUAAAGAGAUCUCUAGAGUGUGUGAAUAGAGCUCCAGAUGCCUCUAAAAGCCGCAUGUACAAAUGAAGCUAAGUCUAUUCCUGUCUGUUUAUAUUUGCUUUUCCUGUUUUGUAACCUCUUUGUACUUUGUUCAUGGUGACUUGUAAGCUACGGGGAAGGGGUGCCUAGAUGCCUUUGUAUUUCUCCAUGUCAUGCGCUCCUGGGCCAGUUGGUCUCCCUUCCUCUCCUUGUAUGUAAUAUCACUUUUUUUUCCCCUUUCUAGCAAGUACUUUCAAAAGAACUCUGUACAUUUUAACAUAAAAAAAAUAAAUUAUGUUGAGCCAUUUUGGA